GAGGCGGCGACAAUGGGAGCGGCGCGGGCGGCGCCGGGAGGCAGCUGACAGGCGUCUGCGGCUUUGCUUCAUGGCCGCUCUCCCGCCCUGCUUGGGCUCUGUGACUAGGGGAGCCCGUGGUGGCCCGGAGCCGGAGCGGGGGACCUGGGCACGGCGCCGCUGAGGCGCAGCAUGUGAAGAGGAGACGGCAUCCAGCGCGGGGCGAACCUCUCAGCUGGCCGGGAUGGCUACGACGGCCGAGCUCUUCGAGGAGCCUUUUGUGGCUGAUGAGUAUAUUGAACGUCUUGUGUGGAGAACCCCAGGAGGAGGUUCUAGAGGUGGACCUGAAGCUUUUGAUCCUAAAAGAUUAUUAGAAGAAUUUGUAAAUCAUAUUCAAGAACUCCAGAUAAUGGAUGAAAGGAUUCAAAGGAAAGUAGAGAAAUUAGAGCAACAAUGUCAGAAAGAAGCUAAGGAAUUUGCCAGGAAGGUACAAGAGCUCCAGAAAAGCAAUCAGGUUGCUUUCCAACAUUUCCAAGAACUAGAUGAGCACAUUAGCUAUGUAGCAACCAAAGUCUGUCACCUUGGAGACCAGCUGGAAGGGGUAAACACGCCUAGACAACGGGCAGUGGAGGCUCAGAAACUGAUGAAAUACUUUAAUGAGUUUCUAGAUGGAGAAUUGAAAUCUGAUGUUUUUACAAAUUCUGAAAAGAUAAAAGAGGCAGCAGACAUCAUUCAGAAGUUGCACCUAAUCGCCCAGGAGUUACCUUUUGAUAGAUUUUCAGAAGUAAAAUCCAAAAUUGCAAGUAAAUACCAUGAUUUAGAAUGCCAACUGAUUCAGGAGUUUACCAGUGCUCAAAGAAGAGGUGAAAUCUCCAGAAUGAGGGAAGUAGCAGCAGUUUUACUUCAUUUUAAGGGCUAUUCCCAUUGUGUGGAUGUUUAUAUAAAGCAGUGCCAGGAGGGUGCUUACUUGAGAAAUGAUAUAUUUGAAGACGCAGCAAUACUCUGUCAGCGAGUGAACAAGCAAGUUGGAGAUAUCUUUAGUAAUCCAGAAACCGUACUAGCUAAACUUAUUCAGAAUGUAUUUGAAAUCAAAUUACAGAGUUUUGUGAAAGAUCAGUUAGAAGAAUGUAGGAAAUCGGAUGCAGAGCAGUAUCUCAAAAAUCUCUAUGAUCUAUAUACAAGAACCACCAAUCUUUCCAGCAAGUUGAUGGAGUUUAAUUUAGGUACUGAUAAACAGACUUUCUUGUCUAAGCUUAUCAAAUCCAUUUUCAUUUCCUAUUUGGAGAACUAUAUUGAGGUAGAGACUGGGUAUUUGAAAAGCAGAAGUGCUAUGAUCCUGCAGCGCUAUUAUGAUUCAAAAAACCAUCAAAAGAGAUCCAUUGGCACAGGAGGUAUUCAAGAUUUGAAAGAGAGAAUUAGACAACGUACCAACUUACCACUGGGACCAAGUAUUGACACACAUGGGGAAACUUUCCUGUCCCAAGAAGUGGUGGUUAAUCUUUUACAAGAAACCAAACAAGCCUUUGAAAGAUGUCACAGGCUUUCUGAUCCUUCUGAUUUACCAAGGAAUGCCUUUAGAAUUUUUACCAUUCUUGUGGAAUUUUUAUGUAUUGAGCAUAUUGAUUAUGCUUUGGAAACAGGACUAGCUGGAAUUCCUUCUUCAGAUUCUAGAAAUGCAAAUCUCUAUUUUUUGGAUGUUGUGCAACAGGCCAAUACUAUUUUUCAUCUUUUUGACAAGCAGUUUAAUGAUCACCUUAUGCCACUAAUAAGCUCUUCUCCUAAGUUGUCUGAAUGCCUUCAGAAGAAAAAAGAAAUAAUUGAACAAAUGGAGAUGAAAUUGGAUACUGGCAUUGAUCGGACUUUAAAUUGUAUGAUUGGACAAAUGAAGCAUAUCUUGGCCGCUGAACAAAAGAAAACAGAUUUUAAGCCAGAAGAUGAAAACAAUGUUUUGAUUCAGUAUACUAAUGCCUGUGUAAAAGUCUGCACUUAUGUAAGAAAACAAGUUGAGAAGAUUAAGAAUUCUAUGGAUGGGAAAAAUGUGGAUACAGUUUUGAUGGAACUUGGAGUACGUUUUCAUCGACUUAUUUAUGAGCAUCUUCAGCAAUAUUCCUACAGUUGUAUGGGUGGCAUGUUAGCAAUUUGUGAUGUAGCUGAAUAUAGGAAGUGUGCCAAAGACUUCAAGAUUCCAAUGGUAUUACAUCUGUUUGAUACUCUGCAUGCACUUUGCAAUCUUCUGGUAGUUGCCCCAGAUAAUUUAAAGCAAGUCUGCUCAGGAGAACAACUUGCUAAUCUGGACAAGAACAUACUUCACUCCUUCGUACAACUUCGUGGGGACUAUAGAUCUGCCCGCCUUGCUCGACACUUCAGCUGAGGUUGAAUUUACAAAGGAAAUGUAUUGUAUUUCAGCAGACCUCGGUUGAUAGAAAGCACAGGAGAUUCCUUAUGAUAUAGCCAACAUUUUAUGGAAAAAAAUGACUGUUUGGAAGAAAACAGCAGCCAUACUGACCCUUGAGAUUUUAUUUGAAAUUUGGACACUUCUUGGCUAUAUUUUGCUUUUUGUGUUCUUGUUGAAUUUUAAUUUCAUACUUGAAUUUAUGAAUUUCAAAUUUUGGAAAACUUUAUGUCACUGUUUUCUCCUGGAAAAUGUUGGUGUCAAAAGGCAAAUGAUUUUACCAGUG